AUGUUCAAGAGCCGCAGCGAGGGAAAUGUCGUCUACAAGUGCACCGUCCGGCUGCUGGAAGAUCUCGAUGUGCUGGAGUGUGAGUUUCAGCCCCACCACAAGGGUGGCUUUCUGCUCGACUACGUCUGCGAACAGCUGGAAAUCACCGAGAAGGACUAUUUCGGGCUGCGUUUCGUGGACUCCGCCAAGCAACGGCAUUGGUUGGACUUGGCCAAAACUAUAAUCAAACAAGUGAAAGAUGUGGAUCCACUCGUUCUUUCGUUCCGUGUCAAAUUCUAUCCCGCCGAUCCUCUUCGGCUGACCAACAAUGGGAAACUGAUGCUGUAUCAGCAGCUGAAGCGAGACCUGCGGCAUGGUCGAUUAUACUGCUCCGCCGGUGAGGCAGCCGCCCUGGGAGCGCUGAUAGUGCAAGACGAACUCGGUGACUAUGAUGCGGAAUCGCACGCGGGCGAGUAUGUGGCCUCGCUCAAGAUUGCCCUGCGCCAGUCGGACCAGCUGGAGAAGAAGGCGAUGGAGCUGCACCAGAAGCGCGAACCGGGCCAGGAGGCGGCUGCCGUGCACGAUGAGUUCGUCGGGAUCGCGCGCAGCCUCGAAACGUACGGGAUCGAUCCGCACCCGGUGAAGGACCACCGCGGCACGCAGCUGUACCUGGGCAUCAACUUCUCCGGCAUCAGCACGUUCGCGGCCGGGCGCCGCACGCAGCACUUCCGGUGGCCAGAGGUGCACAAGAUCAACUUCGAGGGCAAGAUGUUCAUCAUCCACCUGGCGUACUCGGAGGAUCGGCGCGAGGUGAAGAAGCACACCGUAGGAUUCAAGUGCCCGUCCGGUGCCGCCUGUCGCUACGUGUGGCGGUGCUCCAUCGAGCAGAUGCUGUUUUUUACUCUUCCAACUAGUCAGCACGCGUCGGUCGUAUCGGGCGGGGGGUUCUUCUCCUGGGGCACCAAGUUCCGGUACUCGGGCCGCACCGAGCGGGAGCUGAUGUCCGAGGCGCUGCAGGCCCUCCGGCAGCAGAAGCUCAACGACACCAGCCCGAGCAAGAGGAAAGCACAGAGCGUCCCGGCGACCCCGUCCAGCCCGCAGGGUGACUUGGCGGAAAUUCGUAAGUCCCGAUACAGUAGCCUGCCCCGGUCGACCAUGUCGGAGCCGCUCGGUGGCUGCAGCGACCACAUGGCGUCGUCCGUGUACUGCACCGACAAUCCACUGCCCAUGCUCGAGACGGUGUCGGAGGAGGCACGCAAAACGAAUGGCGAAAGCAACGACCACCUGUCGGACUACUACUUCCGCGACUCGUUCGACCACUCGUCGUCGGAGUCGGGCUUCACCGGGGGGCUCAACAGCUUGAACGCCACGGACCAUCUCCAGCAGCACCAUCACCAUCACCGGCACGGAGCACCACCGACGUCGUCGUCGUCAUCGGCGGCCCCCGGGGCUGGUCACCAUCUCCAUCACCACCACCGGCAGGCUUACACUACCGACAACAUACCCGCACUGGCGCUACACAGCGUCACCAACCACUCGGCCAGCAUCAUCCAGCAGCAGAACGCGAGCAAUAGUGCGAAAAAUGUGAAGAAGUUCUCGCUGCUGCACGCGUUCGUGCCCUCGUUCCUGUUCGUCGUGGUCGCGCUGGUCGUGUCGGCGAUCUACGUGCUCGAGACGGACUCGGAGCUGUUCGCGGGCCUGCGCAACUGGCCCGAGAUGAUCUGCCUCCGGUACCAGUACUACCAGCCGCUGAAGGAGUUCCUGGCCAAAAAGUUUGCCGCCAUCUUCUGA